GUACCACUGGUGAGGGAGGCGGAGGCGGAGGAUUAGGUGGCGACGCUGUGACGUUGCUCACUGUUCAAAUCCCCGCAAUCAGCUACGAUAUGAGGUGUACAUCCUCUGUCUAGCGGAGGUAGGGUGGGAAAGAGGGGGGGAAGAGAGGAGCGGUCUGCCUACACUGAAGCAUCAUGGCACCCAUCGGACUGAAGGCGGUGGUCGGAGAAAAGAUUAUGAAUGAAGUCAUCAAGAAGGUGAAAAAGAAGGGGGAAUGGAAGGUUCUGAUAGUGGAUCAGCUCAGCAUGAGGAUGCUUUCGUCUUGCUGCAAGAUGACAGACAUCAUGACAGAGGGCAUCACCAUUGUUGAAGACAUUAAAAAACGGCGUGAGCCACUGCCCAGUCUGGAGGCAAUUUAUCUCAUCACUCCAUCUGACGAGUCUGUGCAGGCACUGAUCUCAGACUUCAGAGACCCACAGUCACCCCAAUACCGAGGGGCCCACGUCUUCUUCACUGACUCAUGUCCGGACCCCCUAUUCAAGGACUUGGUGAAAUCCCGUGCCUCCAAGACCAUCAAGACACUGACCGAGAUCAACAUCGCCUUCCUGCCCUAUGAGUCACAGGUGUACUCCCUGGACAGCGCAGACGUCUUCCAGAGCUUCUACAGCCCCUACAAGGCCCAGCAGAAGAACCCGGCCAUGGAGCGGCUAGCGGAGCAGCUGGCCACGUUGUGCGCCACCCUGAAGGAGUACCCUGCCGUGCGAUACCGCGGUGAGUACAAGGACAAUGCAACUUUGGCUCAGUUGCUCCAGGACAAGCUGGAUGCAUACAAGGCUGAUGAUCCCACCAUGGGAGAGGGUCCAGACAAGGCGCGCUCUCAGCUGAUCAUCCUGGACCGGGCAUUCGACCCGGUGUCCCCCAUCCUGCACGAGCUCACGUUCCAGGCCAUGGGCUACGACCUGCUGCCCAUCGAGAACGACGUCUACAAGUAUGAGACCAGUGGAAUGGGAGAUUCCCGGGAGAAGGAGGUUCUGCUGGAUGAGGACGAUGACCUCUGGAUGACCCUGCGACACAAGCACAUCGCAGAAGUGUCCCAGGCUGUGACUCGCUCCCUGAAGGAGUUCUCUGCCAGCAAAAGGAUGACAACUGGAGAUAAAACUACCAUGAGAGACCUGUCUCAGAUGCUGAAGAAGAUGCCGCAGUAUCAGAAAGAGCUUAGCAAGUACUCCACCCACCUCCACCUAGCGGAGGACUGCAUGAAGCACUACCAGGGCACUGUGGACAAGCUGUGCCGUGUUGAGCAGGACCUCGCCAUGGGCACAGACGCUGAGGGCGAGAAGAUCAAGGACCCCAUGAGGGCCAUCGUCCCCAUCCUGCUGGACCCCAACGUCACCACCCACGACAAAAUCCGCAUCAUCCUGCUCUACAUCUUCCUGAAGAACGGGAUCACAGAGGAGAAUCUGAACAAGCUGAUCCAGCAUGCGCAGAUCCCCCCAGAGGACAGUGAGAUCAUCACUAACAUGGCUCACCUGGGAGUGCCCAUCAUCUCAGACUCCACCCUGCGUCGUGGUAAGAAACAGGACCGUAAGGAGCGUGUCAGCGAGCAGACUUACCAGCUCUCCCGAUGGACCCCGCUGGUCAAGGACAUUAUGGAGGAUGCCAUUGAGGACAAACUGGACACCAAACAAUACCCCUACAUCUCAACACGGUCCUCCGCCUCCUUCAGCACCACAGCUGUCAGUGCCCGCUAUGGCCACUGGCACAAGAACAAAACCCCCGGGGAGUACCGCACGGGACCCAGAAUCAUGGUCUUCAUCAUCGGAGGCGUGUCCUUCAGCGAGAUGCGCUGUGCCUAUGAGGUCACCCAGGCCAACGGCAAAUGGGAGGCCAUCAUUGGGUCAACCCACGUCUUCACCCCCACCCGCCUUCUCAACGCCCUCAAGGACAUGAAUAAACCAGAGGAGGAGCCCGCCAGCUAAAGAUCAACUACCCUCCACCCUCUUUUCCGCUCGUCUCCCCCUCUCCUCUUCCUUCCUUCCUUCCUUCCUUCCCCCAUCCAUCAGUGAACCUCUCCUUCCUCUGUAUUGAACGUGUACGCAUAUCGAUAAAGAAAAACGUAAAACACCAAUUAGAAAACAAAGUUAAAAGAUAAAUUAUCGCUGAUAGUUGUUUCGCAAUUGACGCAAAUGAGUUUUUAAGAGUUAUGUCAUUGAAAAAAGCCACUGGAAGUUCCAAACAAGAUUGUAUGCUUUAUGCAAGCCUGCUGGAUUUCUUUGCUUUCCUUCGGUCAUUUUAAUGGUGUAAACGAUUUUGUAAUCAGGCAAAGGAGGGAGGCGUCCAUGGUGACCGCGCUGGAAAAGCUCGUACGCAGAGCGCAGACUGUAAAGCGCUGUAACGUUUGGACACAAUGUCCGUUUUAGACGCAGUGUCUUGUGAAAAACCUGGGAGACGUCAACAGCAAUUACGAUUAAGUGUUUGAUUCGACACUGCCAUUCAUCUUAGGAAAAAGAUGUCCUAAACAGGACACACGCGUAACCCAAACAUUUGAGUUAAAGGGACCAAGACCAUUCGAAUGGAAUGUCAGUAUCUAGCUUUCGGACGGGGAAAGAGAUACUGAAAAGCAGUUUACAGAAUUUCCGUAGCGCGGCAAACGCCGUCCGAUCUUGACGUUUUGCGAGCGGGGGUUCACUGAACGCGCAUGUGGUUCGGAAGAGAAUUCACGUUUUUGUGUCAGGAAAGAUUGUUUGUUGGGAACUUUAUAAAGAAUGUUGUACAAAAAAGGCCAGUUUUAUGUCAGUAUUGUAGUCUGUGAAAUAAAGUCUUAUCAUUGGUUCUUAUUAACAUGUAAUCCUCCUACUGUGCACUGAGUCCCGUGUUGUGUAUAUGCCAUGUUUUUUUGUGACUCGCUGAUUCUAGUGAUAUUUCUGACUGUGAAAAUAGUUCCCAUUUUGACAUGCCCGUAUGAAGCCACUGUGAUUGUGAUGUCAUAGUUGUAGCCAUAGUGAUUAAAUGAGAAAAAUAUGCAGAUUCUACUAGCUUGUUUCUCACCUGGUGCAGCGUAAAAUUCCAGUGGUGAAAAAAGGCUAAUUUAAAAAAAAAUAAUAAAAAAAUCACAACUGUAGGUCUUUAGUUGGUUUCAGUUUAGUAAUUUCCCCCUAAUUCAGCCACACCUUUUUCUUGGGCAAAACUGUAUAUUGCACUAUGUCAUUGUCAUGCUUUUUUUUGUUUCUUUGUCAUUAUCUAGCAAUUGCAGUCUUGAUUUCUAUUAAAGUUAUUUAUCAGAGUGAAAAUGUUAAUAAACUGAAUUGGUCUUAAAACCA